AUGAGUGAACUGGAUCUCGCGAGAUUGUUUGUCCGACCAGUUGGUCCCGACGUGUCUAAGGAGGAGUUGGAAGAUGUUUUUAGAGCUUAUGGAGAAGUUUCUGAGGUGAAGCUUAUGCGUGGAUACGCUUUUGUGGAGUUUGGUAACGAGGAAGAGGCCAAGGCCGCUCGUGACGGACUUAAUGAAACAGAUUUCCAUGGCCAGAACUUCCAAAUCGAGUAUGCCAAGCCUAAGCCAACUCCCCGUGAACGUGACGAGUACAACAGUGCCAAAUUUGGCGGUGGUAAGCGUUAUAGAGUUCUUGUCAGUAACCUUGGCGAGGACGCUUCAUGGCAGGAUUUGAAGGAUUUCGCUAGAGAUAAUAAUAUUCAGGGAGUCAAUUAUGCCGAUGUUUCUCGUGCUAGAGACGGUACUGGUGUCAUUGACUUUGUUUCUCAGGCCGAUUUGGAAGAUGGUUUGAGUAAAUUAGACGGUCUUGAGUUUAAGGGCUCGACCAUUUCUGCUUCUGAAGACCCCAAUCCUCCUCCUCUUCCUUCAGGACCUCCUCGUUUUAGAGAUAGUUAUGGUCGUGGUGACCGUGGUGGAAGAUAUGGCGAUAGACGUGGUGGUGACCGUGAUUACGACCGUCGUGGUGGUGACCGUGGUUAUGACCGUUAUGACCGUCGUGGUGGAGACCGUGGAUAUGAUCGUGGUGACCGUUAUGACCGUCGUGGUGGAGACCGUGAUUUCGACCGUCGUGAUAGAGGUGGUGACCGUGAUUUCGAUCGUCGUGACAGAGGCGGUGACCGCGAUUAUGACCGUCGUGACAGAGGAGGUCGUGAUUUUGACCGUCGUGACAGAGGUGGCCGUGAUUUUGAGCGUCGUGACCGUGGUGGCCGUGAUUAUGAACGUCGGGACCGUGGUUCUGAUCGUCGUGAAAGCCGUGGUGGACGUGAUGAUGAUGAGACAUAUACCAGACAACGAUCUCAAUCGCCUCCUCGUUAUGCUAAUGGAGCCCGUGAGCGUGAUGACGACGUGCCUGUUCACGAUGCCGAGCCUGCUCACGACGACGCUGAGGGUACCUGGUAA